AUGGUGGACGCCACCGCGGGCAUCAUGGACCGGAGCCUGCGGAACGUGCUGGUGGUGUCCCUGGGCUUCCUGCUGCUCUUCACGGCCUUCAAUGGCCUCCAGAACCUGCAGAGCAGCCUGUACAGCCACGAGGGCCAGGGCGUCACGGUGCUGAGCACGCUGUACGGCGCCAUGAUGCUGUCCUCCAUGCUGCUGCCGCCACUGCUCAUCCGCGCGCUGGGCUGCAAGUGGACCAUCGUGCUGGCCAUGGGCUGCUACGUGGCCUUCUCGCUGGGCAACUUCUACGCCAGCUGGUACACGCUGAUCCCCACCUCCAUCCUGCUGGGCCUGGGCGCGGCCCCGCUGUGGUCGGCGGGGAGCACCUACCUCACCGUGGCCGGGAACGCACACGCGGAGAGCACGGGCCAGGCGGGCCGCAACGUGGUAAACCAGUACUUUGGCAUAUUCUACCUCAUGUUCCAGUUCUCCGGCGUGUGGGGCAACCUCAUCUCCUCCCUCGUGUUUGGCCAAGAGGCCACGAAAGGUGCCAUCCCCGAGGAGCAACUGCAGUCCUGCGGGGCCAAGGACUGCCUGAUGGCCGCGGCGCCCGGCAACAGCACCCAGCGCCCGUCCCCGGGGCUCAUCUACACGCUGCUGGGCAUCUACACCGGGAGCGGUGUCCUGGCUAUCCUGCUGGUGGCGCUCUUUCUCGACCCCAUCAGAGACACUCUGCACAACGGUGACGGAGAGAAGCCAUCUGUUCGGUCCACUGUGCUGUCCACGUUCCAGCUUCUCAGAGACAGACGCCUGCGGCUCCUCCUGCUGCUGCCCAUGUACAGCGGGUUCGAGCAGGCCUUCAUGGCGGGGGACUACACCCGGUCCUAUGUCACCUGCGCCCUCGGCAUCCACUUCGUGGGCUACGUGAUGAUCUGCUUCUCGGCCUCCAGCGGGCUGUGCUCCAUGCUCUACGGGCGGGUGGCCCAGUACACAGGCCGGCCCGCACUCUACGCACUCGGCGCGGCCACCCACCUGUCCUGCAUCGUGGCCCUGCUGCUGUGGGUGCCGCGCCCCCACCAGGUGCCCGUGUUGUUCGUGUUCUCCGGCCUCUGGGGCGUGGCCGACGCCGUGUGGCAGACACAGAACAACGUGCUCUUCGGCGUCCUGUUUGAUGCGCACAAGGAGGCCGCCUUCGCCACCUACCGGAUGUGGGAGGCGCUGGGCUGGGUGGUCACCUUCGGCUACAGCAAGUUCCUGUGCGUCCACAUGAAGCUCUACAUCCUGCUGGCUGUGCUGAGCGCCGCCAUGCUUGGCUAUACCGCCGUGGAGGUCCUGGAGGCCCGGGCCCGGCCCGGCCCCACGGCCACGGCCACGGCCACGGCCACGGCCACGGCGACCACGGCAGAGGACGGAGAGACGCAGACUACGAUGUGA